UGUGUGGUGUUUUAAUCGUUUCAAUCUUCUAAACCCUUUGUCAAACGUCUCUUCCCGGCGCGUUGUUGUUGGCUUGCGAUGCAAUUAAUUCGCUCCCGUUUACCACUAACACUCCUGGUUGAACUUCUGAACGUGGUCUUGCACCGUGUGGUUGGCCGGGAGGCACUUUUGUCUGUUAAAAAAGGUCUAUGGCAGCGGAGGCAGACCCCAUACAUCCACACUGCCUAAACUGCGUGAACGUUGCCAAAUGUUCGGCGAGGCUGGAGAAAAGAAUCAGCUGUCAAAUCGUGCACUGCAAGCUUGAAUGCGGCGCGAGCUUCCAUGCCUGCAAAGGCGAUGAGCACCAGCUGCUCUGUGCCAAUGUCAAGGUGCCAUGUGCCAACGCCGUCAAUGGCUGCCCUGCAUGGAUGCUCCGAAACCAGCUCGGCAGCCACCUGCAGCACUGCCCCGCGAGCCUCGUGUUCUGUACGGCCGAGUGGAACCGGUGGGGCUGGCGUCGCAGCGAAACUGUGGGCGACCCGCAAUACGAGCAUCGGCAGUGUGCUGAUCGUUCAGGAAGGCUCCAGUUAGACUUUGCUCUAGCCAUGCGGGACCUGCGGAGACUCACCGACGAGGACAUCCGCCGUCCAAAAGAGAUGGAGGAGGCAGACAAGAAGGGCACUGAGGCACAUGCAGGCGUUGGAUCCACUGGUAGCCAUCAUUACCCGUACAACGGCAGCUAUGGCAUGGGUGUCCCAAUCGCGAGUUUGUUGAACGGUUACAUCAACAUGUGCGAGGGAAAGAACUCUGAUCUGUCAACCGCCAUAACGGAUGCUGAAGAGAGCGCCUCGGGUUACAAGAGAAAGCACAUUGAAGAGGAAGUCAGGAACAUGCGAUUGGCCGGGGCACGCCAUGCUCUGAGGCAUGAUCUUGACCUGAGCACUGAGCUGUGCGUGGAGUUCCUGACGCGGUACCAGGUGAAGCCGGACACGAUGUACACAUUUACGUGCUCACAGGUCUUUCGACGAGACGAAUACGCCUGGCAUUAUCAGAAUGUCCACAGGGACAUACACUGUGGCCUCAACGGCUGGCUGGAGCACCGGUGUCCGUUGGCACAGUAUGGCUGUACCUACUCGAGGAGGAUGUUUCACCCGAUAUCGCCAGGAUCUCAACUUGUCUUCAGUGAAGUGCUGGAAAGCUUUGGUGUUUCUUUUCCGUCAUUGGUCACGGAAGCUAGGCCAAUUGAAAAUGGCGACACGAGCGAACGUGAGGUGCUGAAAGAUGUCACACGGUCGUUAGUGGAAGAAGUGAAGCCUAAUGGGAAGGGUGAUGCGCACGAGGGGGCAAAAUCUCGCCUGGCCAACGGACACUCGCAUACUGGUUGCACUUGUGAAGAAACUGGUGGUGCCUUGAAGCCCCGUGGCAAAACAUUGUUGGACUUGCCUUUCGAAGUUCUGCAGUUCAUUGCUGGCUUUCUGGAUGCCUUCAGUUUGAAUAACUUCUCCAUGGUCUCAAAGCAUUUGAGGGAUGUCUCGUGUUCACUUCUGACCACCCGUGGAAUGGUGGUGUUGAAAUGGGAGAGGCUAGGAAAACGUUGCUGGAGUGUCUGCUCAGAGAGCUGGUACUUCAGCAAUGGAUUCAGUCCAAUCACGAAUUGGGUGCUGUCGGACGAGGAGCACAUGUCCAAUCACCUGAAGCGGUGCAGGUACUUUGAGCCCAACAUCAAGAAAAGGCCUACGGCCGUUUGCUUUGGCAUCGGGAACUCUCGCCCAAAGACCAUGAUUGAGGUUGUUAUGUAAAUUCUGCCAACUUAAGCAGCACUAGCUUUAUUUUGUGUUUGCUUGUUGGCGUGUGAGGAAUUGACGAAGGUGAACUUUGAUUUGGGGGAAAAAAAAGGAUGUUGCAACCUAAUACUCCACGACGUAGUGUGAUCAGAUGUCUUUCAUUGGGCGCUGUUGCUUUUGCGUUUGGAGGGGAGGGUUGCACACUGCAGGUGCGUGGAGUGUCCCGUUGUCUUGUUUAUUUUGCUCAGAACUGCAGAUUUGAAGUGCAUCCUCAGUUGCCCAAUGGGAUGAAUUUGUUUUUUGUUUAUCAGUAAAGUACUGUCGUUGGCGCAGGGAUAGAAUGGGGCUUUGACGGCAUCAGAUACGAUGCGCGCUUGUGCAAGUUGAAGAUUUGUCGUGAGUGCUUGGGGCGUAGCGGUAAAUUUGAAGACCGAGAGGGAAACGAGAACGGAGUGUGGGAGGGGUUCUCGCAGUUUAGUAGUGCGGCGGUGCACUUGAAGCAUGUGCACUCUGACCACCGCAUUCAGAAACGCUCCUCGACCUGAACUUGACUUGCCACCGCCUUCAACGCAGCGCGCUUGAAACACAUUUGUGCUGAAUUGAAGUUGUAGGCGAGUCAAGUUCAAAUCAAGGAGCUUUUCUCAAUACGAGUGUAAGCCAAGUGGAAGUGUUCAGGGUGUUCUUGCGUUGCUCAACAAUAAUCGUCAUCAAUGACAGCUUGUGUUUCUGUUCCUGAAAACUGCGUUCUCACUGCCUUCCUUUAAAGAGUGCUACGUCAUACUUAUAGACGCAGGCCGUUUAUGACCGAAAAGUUUUGGGAGCAUCGUGAUAAUGCGAGGAAGUUACUGAGCUGAAUGAUGGCUAUUGUUUUGUGGCAGGAAGACUCUGGAAUACACCUUUUGUCUUGGAGUGCAGGGGGCAGCUUGCUUGCGCAUGUCAUGCAAAUCUAGGCGAGGUGGCAGCUUCUGAAUGGUCGUAACUGCCGCAGAUAAUUUUGCAUGCUUGUUCGGUUUUUGCUAGGCCGAAGGGCAUGUCAUUGGAAACAUCCUGUGAGGCAGUAAGUCAACUUUUCGGCCUGUUGCUUCACGAAAGCUUAGAGUAGGUAGCGAAAUAUGACAAUGGUCCAAGUGUGGCCAAGUGUGACCAAGUGUGCUAGCUAGCUUGCCUGUGCAGUACCUUUGUACAUGCCACAAUAUGGGCUGGAACACCUGCAUGACUUGGGGAAUCAAAGUUCUGUGUGACCUGCUAAAAAGAAAGAGAGCAGGACUUUGUCUUUUCAUGAGUUAUUUAUGAAUUAAGAAUGACUUUGUUCCACACUAUACGAAGACAAUAUUUGUAUAAGGACGAUGUAUUCAUUAUAGGUCAAAAUAUGAACAGACAUAGAAAUAUUCAUGCAGUGCAGUGCAAAUGUUUCGGAGCAUGCUCUCACUUUCAAACAACGCAUUAGGCCACGGUAUAUAGUUUUUGUCGAUGCCACCGUUUUUGCUUAAGAGACUCGGUGUGCAGGAAGGGACCCGGAAGGUGUCUUUUCAGCAUGGAACCUUGCUUAAAUUUUAUUUUGCCGUUUUUUAUAGGUGCAGUAGAUUUGAAAAUUUUGAAAUGUUCUAGAAAAAAGAACUGGUGGAAGAUUUUUGCCACGUGAAGUAUGGCGAUUUUUUUUCUUUGGCAGUCCAAGCAUUUACCAUGCGUGGUCUGCUGCAGUUUAUUAUCUGUGGUCCGAGUCAGACGUGUGGUCCCUCGUGUGAAUCUUUCUUUAUGUGCGAACAUUUCCAGCUGAACAGGUUUGCGCCCAUUGUCAGACAAGGAGAAAAAGGGUCGUCCUUUGACAGUGCAUGUCGGCGUAGGAGUGUAGACGAAUUUGGUGAUGUCAGUUGUGCGAUCUAGUGCACCGGGCUUGUGGUGCGCACCGGAGUGCAUGUAAGCAGCGGAAGUUUAGCCGGCUUCGUCGAUUGUGGCCCUUUGUCGGCCAUACCAGGCUGGACGCGCCAGUUCUCGUCCGACUGUGGAUUUUCUUGCGGUUUCCGCUCCGCAGUUCAGUACUUGCAGAUUUACAACCAAUGGUCGGUUGCAGUGGUGUUUACCGACGAAGGGAGAGCUUGUGGUGCGAGAUUUUCGGCGUUUGGUCGCUCUGUGCCUGCCACUCGAAAAUUUCAGGGUCUUUCAUAUUGUCGAGGCAAAUUCAAGUGACCCCCUUGUAGGGUAGAAAAGAGCACAUUUGGUAACUGCUCUGCGCAGUGGUUGUCUUCGCCAAUAAUCUGCAUUUGCCAUCUGCUUAGACACUCGCGGCACAUUUUCUUUUUUGAACCUAAACUGACUGCACAUGUGUCCUUUUCGACUGAUGCGGCACCCUUUGAAACAACAUGUGACGUUGAAAAGGUGCCAGCUAUAUUUCUAGAUAUUUUUGCACACGAAGCACAGAACUUCGUUUUCAUGCAUGAGUAGCUGACUCAGUGCUUUGGUGAACAAUAUUUUAUUUUCACAGCUAAACCUUUAACUUGUAGCACGAGAAUUGCAACCAAACGUAAUCAUUAAUUUUUUUCAUGGCCAAGUCUUGUCAGUUAAGAAUUUAAGAUGAAGUUAUUUCAAAAGAUAUGGCAUUUUGUAAUUUUGUGCUCUGGUUACGCAUCUAUGUACAUAAUUUAUGACAUUAAAUAUGUUUCGUUGGCGUGUCAUGAUUGGGUUGUAAAAGUUGCGGACGCCUGAAAGGAGAUUUCCUGUGUUUAAGUGGUGGGAUGUGUGUAGCGUUAUUCCUUCUAUGUUUGUUGCCUAUUUAUUCUGUUUUUGUUUUCUUGCCGUGGGUAUGUGCUUUGUAAGCAAGCCGUCAAAAGGCUUGCAAACCAUUUUGGCUUUCUCUGAUUGACGUGAUUUUCUCGAGGAUGGCUGGUGUCGACGUCUUAGGAAAAUGGUUUCUGUCUCUAGAAGCAAACAGCCUUGACACCUGCUUGUGGGUGUCAUCUUGCGCAUUCCAGUCAGUCCUCUUGAAUAUAAUAUGCUAGCCUUAGUGCUCACAUAUGUAUUCGUUUAGUAUUGCAUUUGUGCAAGAUUUAUGUUAGCAACACUGCUGGAGUGUGUUAUUUAAGCCCCUUGGAUCGAUGUGCUGUAAGUGGCAUUAGCUUAAGAGAGAAGAACUAGCAUGAACACAUUUAGACUUUAGUGACAUCCGGUCUGCUACAUUUCAUUACACUCAAACCUCAUUGUAAAGAAGUUGCACCUUACGCAGAAAUUAGUUUGUUAUAUCCGAAAGUUCGUUAUAGAGGUUUAUUCUUAACACUAUAUGUAUCGCAAGACUAUUUUUCAUUUACUUCGUCAUAACUGGUAUUUCGUUAUACGUGGGUUUGUUAUAUCGAGGUUUGAGUGUACAUGUUUAUGCUGUUUCAGAUUUGCUUCACGGUAAGCAGUAAUUUGUUGCAUCUGGUAAUUUUGUCCAUUCAUUAUAUCAAGGUAUGUGUGAGCAUGUCUCUAGGAACAGCAACAUUGUUGGCAUCUUGUGACACUUUCAAUUAACCGUAAUGCAAUCGCGUCACAGGUGUCCCAGUACUUUAUUGAUCAAGAUUACCUUGGCAGUGGCAGUUGUUGCUGACGCAAUAUGCAGCUCAAAAGUGUAAUGUCGCUUCAUCUCAACGCGAUCACAUUGUCACAGGGUGCUGCAAGCUGUGGUUCUACAUAUUUCAGUAUUUCGGCACUUAUAUAUGCUGGUAAUCAUUCUAUGCUAAUGCUCACUGUAUCAAAGCUCACACUUCGGCGCUACUUUUGAACUUUCGAUACGUAACAGUUUUAUGAGCUCGCUAUUGGUCCUUUCAGGACUUCUCAUCUUACAUGCCAUGCCAGUUUUUGAAAGGCCGGCAGUUGCUGCUUUCUGUGAGGCAUCGGCUUACAGCGCCGCAGACGUUGCGAUUUCAAAGCGUACCUAGAGACGGUGACGGCCUUAUUGAAUGCGACAUGGGCUCGUGCUGGCAUAGCGUUUUAGGAUUGCGUGUGCCCGGCAUUUGCGAGAACCUCUGCGUCGCGUUGCGCAUCCUCCAGUCCACAUAUCUCUGAGAUGAGUGAAAAUGAGCAUCUAUUUUGUUUCCAAGCUGUCUUGUCUGUUUGUGGGGCUGCAUCCAAUGCGUACAUUCAUCAGUAGUGAUGUAAAUGAUGAAAGUGUAAAGAGGCAGCAUAGUGAUCAGCAUACUUAAGAAAAAAGAAAAACAGGUAGAUUACAUUGAUUUUUGCAAAAAUCAUCUGCUGCCAAUACCUGUAGAUAUGCACACUCUGUGUACAGGAGGAAAUUGCCAAAGCCCUUUGCAGCAUUGCUGAACCUUAUGAGGCUUGACAUACUUUCCUAGGAUCUCUUGGCAGCUCAGGGUUUUUUUGCAGAAACCUGAAAGCCAUGUUAUUAAGUGUGUUUCUUCUUCCAACUUCCUUACUGUCUUUUUGCAUUGAUGUGUGUUACACUUGUCUUAUUUUUUCCUGAUGGCCAUGUUGUCUUCCUUCUAAAUGCUUCGCACUCACAGUAUUACAAUUGUAUUUCCCCCUCAUAGUUUCAAUGCCAUGCAUCAAGGCAUGACAAGCAGCAAACAUUACAUGUAAAUUUGAGCACCUUCUGCUUUUGCAUGAAUGCUCUGAUUUUCAAUUCUAGCUUUGAUGCUACACUAUUCAGAAUUUCGAAGGGGCUCUUUUUUUUUCUCUGUGGGCUUGAAUAAGAUGCUGGCAAGAUUAUGCCAAUACGUUUUUUCUUGUAUUUUGUCGAGUGUUUGCAAGGUCACCAGCUGAAGCAUGCUUUUAGUUUGAUCUUGCUUUUCCAUACCUACCUGCUGCAUUUCUUAUCAAUGGCCCCCGAAAACUGUUUCUAUGUGUUCCAGUACAUUGUAAUGUCACGUGUCGUGGAACAGCGAAGCUUGGCCAACCAUCUUUAGAAAUACACUAACAACACCUGCUCUUUCCAAAUGCUCGGGAAAGGAAAAGCAUCAUCAACUCUAUCCCCAGGUUGAUGGUCCUGUCAGCACCACUUUCACCAUUUUUACAUCAGGACAAUGUUUGGAAGUAAAGAGUUGUCAUGGAAUUUCAUCUUUAGGGAAGUCGUCUUGUAACACUGCGAAGUAGCCUGUGGUACUCUAGCGGGCUGCAGUGAUUUAUCCCACUAACUUUGCGGUGUGUAGCUAGUGAUCUGCUGAAAAUGCGCUAAUGCACUAAAGGUGUGGGGAAAACUUGACAGUGCCAAAGCAUGUGUAAGGCAUUUUUCUCGAUCCAUUUCUGUGUGCCUUAACCUUAAGGCCUAGAUAAAAAAAGAAUGAGAUUGCAGAGUUGGUAGGUUAGGUGUAGCAUUGGCUUGAUGGUGUUCAACUACAGUGGUAGAUUAUAGUCUUUAGGUGAGGACACUAGCAAGAUGUGAUUGACAAGCUAAAGUAUUAACGCCGUGCACCCCUCAGUCCGGUUACGGCAACAGAUAUCAGCAGGGCGAUGCAACUUCAAGGCAAGAAGGUGCUGCCUUUGGAACCAGCACGUCAUGGGAGAUAUGAAUUUCCUAGUCAGCCUAUCGUGGCUCUGGAAUGCUGGCGACUGAAGCUGGGAAGGUUUACAGUGUUUAUCGCAACCAAAAAACGCAGCGUGUGCCUAACUAUAGCACGGUGGCCAACCACAUGGCUUGCUGUAGCAAUGGUACAUAAAAAGUAUUGUCUCGAAGUCGCAUCAGUUCUUGAAAUAGAUAGUACUUGCUGCUGGUCACCAGACCAUUAUAUGUGCGCCGUUGUUUUUUUAUCUUGUCUAGCGCUCAUUGCAGACAAACUAAGAAAUAAGAAAUGUUCGUAUUAGAAUAGCGCAGAGACGAAUCACAAGGCGAAUCCAUUAUGAACACUAGCCAACCAGCCCAAGUCUCUGUUUUGCCUAACAAAUGUCCCCACCUAAAGAGUAUACUAUAUCUUGCGCCAUGAGUUAUAUACAGUUAGAACACCCAGUCGCAUGAACUAGUGUGUUAUUCAAUUGGAAUGCCUUUCGGACAUGUCUCCCAGUGCUGUUAUUAGCAUCGGAGCCUCUUUCUCACUGAACACAAAAACUGCGUGGUGUUGUCAUAGCCCAAAAUGAGCGCUUUGAGUGCUGUCCUUUAUUGGUGACCACUUGAAGCCAUUCUUCAGCCAGGGUAGUGGUGCUAUCACCAAGGGGCGUUAAACAACCGCAUCUGAACUGGGCACUGCGACCAAAGAUGUAUCUAAUGCAGUUCCCACAUUUAUCUGCUACCUGAUAUCUUGGACAGUGUACAUUCCUCGGUAUACAAAGAAAGAGGUUGGAAGUGAUCCAGAGUUUUUCUGCUUGCAAUAUGUGUACUAAAUCAAAAAAUGUCUUUGCUCUUACAAAGCUUGCUUUUGCCAAGAUAUCUAGAGAUGUGCUUCGGAAAUGUAUUUUUAAAGGGAUCUGUGUCUGUGUAGCCUCAACCUUUGUUCCAGCAUACUGGAGGGACUGACGAUUGAUGUCUAAAUAUGCUUUCUAGUGGAACAUUUAUUGCUUGGGUUAGCUAUUUUGCUGUUUCUUGUGCAAAGGUUGUGUGCGUUCCCAUAGCAGACUUUUUCAGUGGCAAGUUUGGUUAGAGCUGGGAUAACUAGCCAUUUUUAAUCAGUGAUCGAAAGUUGGACAGCACUAGAGAGAUAUAGCUGGACAGUACACUGUUCACAUUAGAAAACGUAGCUUCUACGAUAGCCAGUAAGGAAUAUGUGCAUGUUUUCUUUUGAAAAUUUUCUAAAUUACAUUUUUUUUAGUUUUUACUUUUGUGUAGAAAGUUUCACAGUAUCUUUUGGGUACCAAAAACUUCAUAGGCACUUGGAGGAAGUGCAGAAGGUGCUGUCGAAGUAAACUUGAACAUUAACGUGACACCUCUGGUGGUUACUGAGGAGUUACAGAAGGGAAAUGGAGUGCAAACAUAAAUGGGACAUACAAGCUUAUGUGCCAGGCAAAGGAAAAAUGUUACCAUGGGUAGAGCUUGGAAUGGUGCUCAGUUGAACACUCCGAUUGGCAAGGUACCAGUGGCUUCCUGUGCAAAUUAAUUUAAAUAUGAAUAAGCUUUUGCAAUGAUAGUGAUAUGUUUCUUUGCUUUAACAAUGCAAAAUAUUUAAUGAGAACUAUACCGUGUGUGUGUAUAUGUAAAGCCCACAGGGUGUAGAUACUGUGACAGUGUUUUAUCAUGGCAUAUUUCCUCUUGCUUUGUGCGACCUAUAGUGCUUUAUUCAAAGUACGUACUUGUGUAUCUGUUAAUAAUUGAAUAAAUAAGUAGUUAGUUGGGGUAACAUCUUUUUGGUUGCACUACACAGUGAUCAGUUGUCGGUCCCUCCAAGCUGUGCUCAACAAACGCAUGCAAUCCCAAUCUUCGUUGUAACUUGCAAUCCACUGUAGUGCAGAUUGCAUGGGGCGCAUUAGCUGCCACAGACUGCGUUUCGAUUCCCAAGUUCCCGGUGUCUUUAUCUUUGUGCUUUCAUUCUCGAGUGAGGAGAUGUGUUUCCGUAGUGGUGUGAGUGUUGUGUUGUUUGCGUGUCACAGCGUUGCUGCUCUUUGUGAUAACAUUUAAUCCUGCAAGGAGGAUAGUCAUGUAAAUGGUGAAGUUGUUGCCUCCUGACGUAACGUGUCGCGUUGUGAUGUCAUUACUCUUGUUUGCAACUCGAGUCGUCAAACUGACAUUGCUUCUGUGUGCUUUAUUGUUGGUGGGAGAGAGCAGUUCAUUGUGAUUGUUAAUUAUAUUUUUAUAGAAGGCUUUUUGAGAUUCUCACUUCCAGUUUUUGUGACAAAGAAAAAAAAAGAUGACUUGCAGUAUGUUGUUUGUGCUGCGUGUAUGUGUGUCUGAUGUAGCUCUGUAUAACAUGUAACAAUGGCUGUGGCUGUUAUAAUAUAAUUGUAGACUGUUCAUCUUCGAAACUUCCUAAGUGCAGCAGAACAGUAGGUACAUAAUGUUAAGAAGGUUGAACGCAAUCUGUCCGACAGAGCGCCCUCUUGGUGAACAUAAUAGCUAAGGUGUCCUCCGGUGUGAGAUUACUGGGUGCGCUCUUUACAUUAUAACGCCAGAGAUGGUGUGUGAGAGCUCUGACCUGAAAUGGAUUAUAGCAAAGUGACAUACUGAAAGCCAUAGCGGUGGCAGUUUUGUUGGGUGCAGGUCAGAUAAGUUUUUGCCAUCUGCACAAACUGAUCAGUAUAUUGCAGAAUUGUCAAACUUUGACCACACAUGGUUGCUAAAUGCAUACGUGUACAUGUGUGUCUGGCCUCGCAUUAUUGUGGAAAUGGAGGGAAAAGAAAGUCAAAAGUGUCAGUUGCAACAUCUCCAUCAACUGGUAGAGAUGUUCCCUGAGACAAAGAAUUGCAAGGGUUUCCAAGAACUGCUCGUGCAGUGUGGUACUUAUCGUAGCAGCAGCAACUGCUUACAUCACAAAUGUAAACAGUAGCUGUUACUCCCGUUUGUAAAGUUCUUUGAGCUCAUCAUCGUUGAUGAAGAACUGCAGCGGCUUGUUUGUCAGUAGUACCAGGCUGACAAAGAGUGGGUAAGGUGAUGCAGGUCGCAGAAGUGACCCAUCAGAUGACAGCAUGCUUGCAUUCUUGUACCUGAAAGUUGUUUUUCUUUAAUUGCUGUAAAGUUAAGCUUUGAAGGUGCCGUGCUCAAGUGAGGUGAAGCUUAUGGUGUUGGAAGCCUGGCAACUUGCCCGCCCAUUAGGACAAGAAUUUGCAAUGUUCCUCAUUUUAUGUCUUUUGUUGCACUUGGUAAGUUUUGACGACAAAAGCAUGCCAACUUGGCCAUUCAUUCAUCUUGCUGAUACUCUGCAGCUGUCUUUUUUCAACCAUACCAUCAGCUUGCUGUUGUACUGUUGGCGCCAUUGCUGGCUUCUACCAACAGCACUGCUUGGGAAAGUAUCAGUUGUUAGAACUACCCGUAGCUCAGUGUAUUUUUUCACUGGUGGCUAAGGCACACCAUUUAGGCAGUAGUUGGGUGAUUGGGUGUGGAUAAAAUAAUCCGUAAAGCAGAGCAUUUGCCUCUGUGGUUUUGCGUCACUGCGUAACCUUACUUAUGCUCUUAGUUUUCAGUAAAGCCAACUGUAAAGGCUCCUAAUCAUGCGAGGGCAUGGCUUGUACAUGUGUAACAUUUAGGGGCUUUUCUCAUUGCAGAUGUUAAACUUGAUGCUUCUACUUUUACGAAGCUCCACUUUUCCACUUUUGCUUCCACUUUUCCGUAAACCUCAAUUGUGUCAUGUCCCUCAAAGACAGGUGUGCACAGCGAGUUAUGUACAGGAGUCUGAGAAGUACUUUUUUGGCAGCUGCGUACGAAAUGGUAGAAAUUUCUUGUCACCUUAAAAAAGACAUCCAGCUUUAUGCCAUUCAAGAAAAUGUUGCUGGCAUUGAGGAGAAAAUGCAGUCACUAGGAAUUUUCUUGGCCAGCUUCUUGAAGCAUAUAAGGCCCCAACAUUCCGUAUGUGUUGUAAAAAUAUGAUUGACUCUAUGCUCAUGCUCAUAAAAUAGGCUGGAAUAUACUUGGAUAUCCCCCUGUGGUUCUGGAUACUAGCAGUGCUUUUGGUAGCCAGCAGCAGCGACAUCCGUCAUGAUGAUGCAAGUGGCCAGUAUUGCAUGCAGUAAAGUUCUUGCUUCAGAAUACGGCAGUGAUCACUUGAUUCGAAACGACUGUUUCCAGUCACAUAUCUACAAUGUAAGUUUAGCAGUGAUGUUUGUAUGUCUUGCUGUAAUAUGGACAGCCUCCGUUGAAAGAACUGUGUGUGCGUGUUUUAGCAUGUUUAGUUGCCGGUGUGGGUUUUUUUUUGUAAUUUCUUCUCUUGAUGGUGCUGGUAUUCUAUAGAAGAUGUGUUGGACUAAUGCAGCUUGUGAAGGUUCUUAUUUUCCUGCUUUUGAGUGGCUCAAUGUCACACGAGUGCUCAAUGAAACACAAUGCUCUGUUCAUACGUACUUUUUUGCAGGUAUCUUAGCGCGUGUUUUUUCGUUCCUGAUCUUACGUUAUUUUCUGGAUUAAGGGCUUGAAAGCCCUCUACCUUGGUAUUGGCACUGCCAUUGACGACCUGCGAACAUGCUCAGCAAGGAGUAAAAUGAUAUCUGAACUUCAUUCGGUCUACACAUGCUCACGUUACUUAGGUUUAACUGUUCUGUCUCAGUUUAGUUAGAUCCUGUCUGGAUACUCUUUAAUAUGUGGAUUGAUGAGCAAAAGUUUUCUUUUUUUCGUAUUGUAUGCCAGGCAUUGUUGCGGGAUUGGUUACGUUAUGAAAAAUGCGGGGAUGUUUUUCUUCAUGCUGCACGAUUACUGGAGUUCACGUGCACAUCUGUCGUCUCUCUGGAACUAUAUUUCUCGGAAGCAAUGAUGGUGUGAAUGUAACAUCACAUCCCCAAAACUGCUGCUGUUGAUAGUGGCGCUUCUACCCAAUCCACCUUUAUGGCAGUGCAACGAUGCAUGCGCCCUUCCACUGGCGUGAAAGUCACGUAACGAUGUGGUAGGGUUUCCGCGCGAUUCCCGAUCUCGGAGGCUUCUGUUUUGACGAGUCCUGUUGUCCUGGGUCACCCCACAGAGCGCCGCUUCCGCUCUCAUACCGAAAUGGCAGAUUAUGAUUGACAUUACACCGAAAUAACUGUUCCAGAGGAAAACAGACUCGUAGUACAGGUUCUGUUGUGUUCCUCGCGUAUGGAGCGCGCAGUUUUGAAAUAAGUGAACCUCUGUUUUGUGAUGUGACUGUUUUGUUGUAAUGCCUUUCCAAUGCAUGUUUGUAAAGUGGAAAAGAAAAUCCCGAUCAAUGUUUAA